UUUUGCGGGGUGGGUGUUUUCUUGGCCUGUGGUUUGUCUUCCUUCUGAGACAAACCCACCCGUCCAUGCGCAUAUUCACGCCCAAUCCCAAUCAAUAUCUCUGUCUCUUUCUCCCUCUGGUUCUUGUUGAAGGAAAAAAUUUCAUCUUCCUUUGAUUCCCUCUUAUUCCUGGGUCUUGUCUCUGCCUCCACGCAAUAGUACGGUUCUUCUUUUCUUUUUGGAUUGCCCCACCUCCACUUUCCUUAAUGCGAAAGGUCCUUUUCUUUUUGGGAUUGCCUUCUUUUGGUGGGGGUUACUUUAGGGUUUUCUGAUCCUCGAGUGAUUAGCUUCUUCUGGGGUUUGAUUUCUCCGUAAUUUUUCGAACAAUUCCGUGUUUAUCUCAAUCUGUUAGGACAGCUUUCUUCGCGAAAUGGUAAUUCUUUCCUGAUUUCCGUGUCUAGGGUUUGUUCAUGUUUCUAAGAAUGUUGAGUUUCAGAAACACCUACCGGUUCUUCCUACCCAGAAUCAGCUUACCUGUAUAUAUGAGCCACCAGUGUUGUAAGCCUUAGGUGAGGAUUAUUUGUCUCGUUCGAGGUUCCCUUUGAAACAUGGGUUGUGUCCAUGGCAAGUGUUGUCGCGGCUACAUUCCGCCGUCGGAGUGUGGUGGUACUAGCAGCUGCCGCGGACUCGGCCCUCGCCGUCGCCAAAGGAAACACAAAUUUACUCAAAGUUCAUUGAAGUUUGCUCCUGUUCCUUCCCACAACUACGUUUUAGAAUACUCGUUUCUCACACAGCAAGGAUACUACCCUGAUUCACCUGAUAAAGAAAACCAGGAUACUUUCUGUAUUAGGACACAGAUUCAAGGUAACCCAAACGUCCAUUUUUUCGGUGUCUAUGAUGGGCAUGGUCAAUGUGGUAGCCAGUGUUCGAAUUUUGUUAGGGAUAGGUUGAUAGAAACAUUAUCAAAUGACCCUGCAUUGUUGGAGGACCCCGGUAAAGCUUAUACUUCAGCAUUCUUGGCAACGAAUUACCAAUUACACAACAGUGAUAUUGAUGAUUCUAUGAGUGGCACUACUGCAAUCACAGUGCUUGUUGUUGGGGACACACUUUAUGUUGCUAAUGUUGGUGAUUCCAGAGCGGUGCUGGCAGUAAAGGAUGGGAAUUGCAUCGUUGCUGAGAACUUGUCUAAUGAUCAGACACCGUUUCGGAGAGAUGAGUAUGAGAGAGUGAAACUUUGUGGUGCAAGGGUGUUGAGUGUUGAUCAGGUGGAAGGGCUAAAGGAUCCGGAUGUCCAAACAUGGGGUGAUGAAGAGAGUCAGGGAAGCGAUCCUCCAAGGUUGUGGGUUCCAAAUGGGAUGUAUCCUGGAACUGCAUUUACAAGGAGUUUAGGGGAUAGUUUGGCAGAGACUAUUGGUGUCAUUGCUACUCCAGAAGUGUCAGUGGUUCGGCUGACACCUAAUCAUCUUUUCUUUAUUGUGGCAAGUGAUGGCAUAUUUGAGUUCCUAUCAAGCCAAACUGUUGUUAACAUGGCAGCAAGCUACACAGAUCCUGGUGAAGCAUGUGCUGCCAUUGCUGGAGAGGCAUAUAAACUAUGGUUGGAACAUGAAAACCGAACAGAUGAUAUAACAAUUAUCAUAGUUCAGAUCAAAGGCCUAUCUAAUGCAGGUACGUCUGGAGUUGGAGUAGAUAAUAUUAAUGUUAGUACGGCAACGCGGGCAAGGAGAGGAACUUCUGAAGUAUCUACUACCACUUCAUCGGAUGUUUAUUGUUCUGUGAGGAGUGAGCUCUCUGAUCAACAGUGCUGUCAGAACGUAGUUUCAAUGAGAAGCCCAGCUAUAAUUGUCCCAUCUCCAUCAUGCCAAAGACCGGUUGAAGAGUGAUUGAAGAGAGGCUUUAUGGAAGCUUCAUCAAGUUUUGUUGUAAUUUCUCCCACGUGGUAUUAGAGCUGCUAUGCUGUCAAAAGUGAUCUUGCCCUCUUUGGAAGACCAUUUCUACUUGUAAUACGAUCCAUUCAUUUCCAAGAAUAAAAAGUUAUAUGAAUGGCUUAUCUUAUGCAACUGAAGGUUCCUGCUUUGAGGAGCAUAUCUUAGGCAGCUGAAGGCUUCCAUUUUGGAAUGUAGAAAGCUGAACUGGUCAAUGUUAAUUUUCUUCUAAUUCAGAUUAUAGAACCACAUGAGAAGCACACAAAGCCAGUUUCCUGGGAUGGCUCUGCCCCUCCAGAUUUUAACAUUGAGAGGGAACCUAAAGACAAUUCGGGAUUAAGGAGGAAGGGUCAGAUCAAGGUAAAGAAUUUGACAUGUUUCAUAUUGAGUUCUCCAAUGAAAAUAUUAAAUCCAAGUCCUCUUUUGGCGAAAAAAAUGAUUCACGUGAUGCUGAGCUGUAAUAAUAUUUACUUGGGAUGUUUUCAUUGGAGGACUUGAUAACAAAACAUGUAGAAAUUGCUUAGAGAUUUUCCGGGAAAAGGAACUUAUGCAGCACACUGGGUGCUUACAAACUGAGGAAACUCAAACACACAAGGUGGCAAACUGGGUCGGCAGAACUGCCUUUUUUUAGCAUCCAAAGCAGAUCCAUGUUCUCUCAGUGCAGAUGCUGGAUCGGCUCCAUUGUUGUGUGAAUCAGAACAAUAUCUGCGUUUUUUAUUUGCAUUGCAAGAUCAAUUCCAUGUAAAAUGCCGAAUUAUUAAUUUUCCUUUCCUUGGGUAGGUGAAGGAAUCAAGUUUUCAAUCCAACACAUUUUGGAUAUUUUUUUUCCACGUCUCUCUACUAGAUUCAUUGAUGCCUUGUGGCCUUCCAAAAUGUUGAAUUCUCAGUGUUGACAAUAAAUAAGUUCUUUUACAUUA